UUAGUCUAAAAGGAUCAUCGCGAGCGAUCGUUCGUUCGUUCACAUCCAUCGACCUGCAGGUCCGCUAACAAAAACAAGGAGUGAGUUGGGGCCGGUCUUCCCAGUUCAAAGGCGAUAUCCCCCAAAACAUGGUACACCAUUUGGGAGAGGAGAAUCGAGGCAGUUGGUAGUUAUCUGACCAAGAAGACCUUACUAAAGCGGGGUGCCAGUUCACCUCUCUGGUGGCAAUAGGCCGUGUACAUUGAUAGGAGAUGUCAGACAACCAACAAGCGUCCACGUGAAGAUACAUAUAGAGAAGUGUAUGCCAAGGGGCCCUACGCUAUAUUUCUGCCUCAUGAGUUGACCUGUGGUCCAUCUAGGAAAGCCCGUGUUAAUCAUCAAUAGCUCCAUUCUGGGAUAAAAAAGAUGGGAAAUCAGCAGAGCGGAUCUUCGCCUUCAGGCGGGGCCACGCCCACGCGUGACCGCAAAGACCCUAAUCAACGAAGUAGUUCCGAGAACCCAUUCAAAAAGCUACCCGUUCACCUUCCAGUGGCGAGAGCUUAUUCAACGGAUGAACGCGGUAAACUCACCAAUGGAAUAGGCUCUGGACCAGGUGCGGCUUUUAAAGCCGCAGCUGCUAAGCUGGCCCCCGCUUCGCCUAAGGGGUCAAAAUUCGCCAAGAAUUCACCUCUCCCUCCCAGUACGCACGCUUCCGCGCAAUCAUCCGCCUCAUCUUCCCUGGCCCCCAUUCCGCACCGACCCCCGAUCUUUUCACAGUUCUCCACGCAAUCCCAACCCUCCCAAGCCAGUUCGGCGGCACCCACACCGACCCUCGAGAAGCCAGCGCCUGCCUUACUCAGUGGAGGUGGUGGAGGAGGACCGGCGGGCGGACCUCGAUCGAAUCAGGCGAGCGCACAGCAGUCAGAUCCUCAACAACGCCGGGCCGUGAUCAGUUCAAGCAUGGACGUGGAGAAGGGCUCGGAUCCAUUGAAUGACAAUUCGAGCGGGUCAGGCAGUGCGGGCCGAAGAUCCUCCAUUGAGAAUGGAGCUCAAGUGGUCAAGGAUGUGAUCGAAGUGGUGCAGCAUGCCCUGACGAAGAGCCCCCACCUGCCUCGGAUUCGUCGUCCUUCCAUGGACAUGAGCUUCCUGCCCGGUCGACGGUCUAGACGAAGCAGUGGGGAACAGGAAGGUCCCAUUCAUCUGAAAGUGGAACCAGCAGGACCUCCUUCGAUCCCUUCCGAGGAGGUCUAUGUGCCGACCCACGAAAAAAGAAGCGACGAUUCCGACGAUGUUCAUCCUCAAGCUCGAGUUCGAGCAUCCACCAUUGGCAGCGGUCAAGUGGCCCGUUCCCGGCAUUUGGCUUUCUUGGCCCGACGGCAAAAAGAGCAGCUAAAGGAGAUCAAACGACUCAUCCCUACGGUGUUCCGUUAUGCCGGACAUCAGAUACCCAAGUCGUCGGAUGAGAAAAUGUUUGUGAGUGGAACCAUGACCAAUUGGAAGACCAAGACCAUGAGUCGACCCGAGGGCGAGCAAGAUUUCAUCAUCAUCUUGGAUUGCCCAGAGGGCGAGGUCUAUUUCAAGUUCCAUCUCCACGAUAAGUGGCUCCACGACCCGAAACAGCCCACGAUCAAGCGGGAAAGCGAUGGCCGCAUUUGGAAUGUGAUCACGGUCGAACGGACAGAUAACGAUGUGUUUGAAGCCUUGGCUUGUGACAGCUUCUCGCUCAAAGACAAUCGUUGCACAUCCGGACUGGAAAGUGACCUGGACCGACUCCAAGGCGACUCUUGGAGUCAGGAGAAGCCGUCGGAAAAUAUCUUGCAGCUCCAUAAGAGUAAAGGCCCGCCUAUUCUUCCACCUCACUUGCUGCAAAUCCUGCUGAAUAAGGAGUUCUCGGAUAUGGGGGAUCCGGUGCUUUUGCCCGAGCCCAGUCACGUGUCCCUCCACCAUUUGUACGCCCAGUCCAUUCGAGAUAAGAUGCUCGUGCUGAGUACAACUACCCGUUAUCGGAAGAAAUGUGUGACCGUGGUGCUUUACAAGCCAUUGGAAGCCUAGAUAAGGCGGCCGAUAGGCAGUGGACUACCAAGAUAUCAUUCAUGAAUUCAUUCUUCUUGCUGCUACUCUUCACCGCCGAGAGUUAUCGACUCAAGUUGAAGAACAGCAACAUCAUCAUCAUCGUCAUCGACAUUAAUGCGCAAUUACUUCUGGGAUCAUCAUCAGUUUUGCCGACGAUUUAGAUCGUGUAUUGUUCGUGUCAAUAUUGCUCUUACAGUCUUCAACUCCGGUCUCCUGGGGGAACCAAGUUAUCAUGGGAGUGCCGCCGUUUUUGUCAUCGUAUACCUCUUAUUUAUGAAUCCUCCGGCAGAACAUAACUUGGAAAUCAUGUGUUUAUAUGCAGUGUGAGAAAUCUCCUAAUACUGUGCCACGCGACAGUAUUAAAAUAUAAAUAACCACGUAUUGUA